GUGAUCUGGGCAGCCAAUCACAGUGCAGAGAACAAAGUGUCUGCCAGGGAGACAGAUCUAGGCUCUCUGUAUCUCUGUGCCCAGUGCCAGUGUCAGGAAGGGAAUCAGUUGGCUGCCCUCUGUUAUCGGGCACUGCUCCCAUUUGGUCCUUCUCUUCCACUAUCUCCAUUGUGCCUCAGCUGGUAACCCUAGUGCCAGCAUGUUCCAUAAAAUGUCCUUUUUGCUGCUGCUCCUUGUGCCCACUGUUUCUGCAGAUGUGAUGGGUGACAUUUUUGCCAGGGUGCUAACUCUCUACGCCGCAGGACAAACUACUCUGAAUGAGACAGCAGUGAGCAGUCUUAUAAGGCAGCUUGAGGAACGUGUGCAGUGCGGAAACAAGACGUGUGAAAAGUGCCUGAAGACCCAAUAUCUGUUUGAUGUUGUGAAUAAGACAUCAGAGAAACAAAUGGAUGCCCAUGGGUACCUGCAGCUGUCCGAGCCACUUUUGUACUACAUAUCAGAUCCCCAUGGGGCCUGCUCUGCCUAUAACCAGGGAGAUUUGAUGACAAAGGCUCACAUCUUCAUAAAUGAGACAAAGACCACCGAUAUACAAGAGACCACCCUGAAUUUUCUUGAAUCUGUUGCACCCACAUAUCAGGGGACAAAGAAGCCCUGCAUCAAUAACCAGCAUUUGCUAAACACAACAUCUGAUAUCGGGGAGCUGCCAGCUGCUUUACUGACCACAGUGCUGGAGGGGAGCUGUCUCAACACCCUGCCCCUGCCAAAGUAUUUUGUGGGGUACAUCUACAGACACCUGGCUAAUGGCAGCACCAUCCUGCACCUGGAGGGUCUGAUAAAGCUUAUGACAAAUCUAAGCUUGGUGACUGAAGACCAUGAUCAUGACCAUGAAGAGGACACUGACCAUGACCAUGACGAGGGCACUGACCAUGAAGCGGACACUGACCAUGAAGUAGAGACUGACCAUGAAGAGGACCAUGACCAUGAAAAUCAUGAAGCCCAUAACCAGACUGAGCACAGGAGAAAACGCAGCCUCGCCAAAGCUAAUACUCUGCAUGAAGACCAUUGGGACCAGACAUGUUUCAGCCCAGAGGAUAUCCUCACCAUCUACGGGAUGAACACAGAAGAGGGAAUUCCACAAGAAAAAUUCAUAGAAAUCAGUCCCAGUCUUCUCCAGCAGCAGCUGAGCCAGGCGUGUGCCAAGGCGGAAUCCGUCGUAGACAUUGGGGGAAAACUGACCACUGCAGAGAAGUACAUAUACGGCAGUAUUGCGACCCUCAUUAUUUGCCUGUGUUCGCUUUGUGGUAUUUCCAUCUUGCUGGUGCACAUCGUGUACUCGUGCCUCACAGUACGUCAUUCAAUUCUUCGUGAGUUUGGCUGUGGGAUCCUUGACUGGAGAUGCCGUGUUACAUCUUAUUCCCCAG